AGUGGAGCGAAUAGCGAUUCAACGCCAAAAUUCGAUUAGCGUCCAGCCUUCGAUUUGCAUUUUCUUUGUUAUUUACUUUCUUGUUGAAUGGUUUUCAUAGGAAUUCGAAAUCUACGAAACGACGAGAAAGACAAUGGAGUACUACGACCAGAAUCUGAAAGCCGUAUGAUAGGAAAAUCGACCAAGCGGCAAGCAUUUUUGUUCUGAAUCGUUGAAGGUUCUAGGUGAUCGGAACUACGAAUCCAGAAAUCGGUCGGAUUUCAAAUUCCGCCAUUGGAUCUCCGGCAGCACCUCGAAACCCUUAAAUUGUGAGAGAUUUGGAGCGGCGGCUGGCAGUCACUGGCCCGAUUCUUCCGCCCACUGUCUUCUCUUCGCCGUUCCUCUUCUUCUUCAACACUUCACUCUCCAUUUCUCGCUGCGCUGCUGCUUUCUCAGUAGCUCCCCGAAAAAGUUUUCAGGGGCGAUUUUGAAACAAGAAAGUUAUAGAGAGUUAUGUCUUGCGCUACCUAUAAUCUUGGUGGAGGGUCGCUCAAGUUUUGCAGCAUCAAUAGGGGCAGCCAGAUAAAGAAUCAUCUCCGAUUCUUUAAUGGGUUUAUGCCCAAUGGCCGCUUCAAUCUAGUUUGUAGCUCUGCAAUUUCUUUCUCUGUUGGAUCCCUCCGUUUGAAUUCUCUUCCUCCUCAGGAUUUGCUCUUCCAAAAUCGUUCUCGUUUCUCCUCCCAUGUCAUCAACUGCUCUAUUGUAAGCCCAGAGGCUUCAAAUUCUUCUAAGAAAGCUAGUGAUGAACGAGUUGUUGUGUUGGUGAUUGGUGGAGGGGGGAGAGAACACGCUCUUUGCUAUGCAUUGCAGCGCUCUCCUUCCUGUGAUGCUGUGUUUUGUGCCCCGGGCAAUGCUGGGAUUUCGAGCUCGGGCAAUGCCACUUGUAUUCCGGAGCUCGACAUCUCCGAUAGUGCCGCUGUCAUUUCGUUCUGUCGAAAAUGGAAUGUAGGACUCGUUGUUGUAGGCCCUGAGGCCCCUCUUGUUGCGGGGCUCGCAAAUGAUUUGGUGAAGGCUGGGAUUGCUACUUUUGGACCCUCAGCUGAGGCUGCUGCUUUGGAAGGCUCCAAAAAUUUCAUGAAGAGUUUGUGUGAUAAAUAUGGAAUCCCCACUGCAAAGUAUCAAUCAUUUACAGACCCUUCUGCAGCCAAGCAAUACAUUCAAGAACAAGGUGCCCCGAUAGUCAUCAAAGCUGAUGGCUUGGCUGCUGGAAAAGGAGUUAUAGUUUCUAUGACAUUGGAGGAGGCCUAUGAAGCUGUUGAUGCGAUGCUUGUGAAGGGUGCUUUUGGUUCUGCCGGUGGUCGUGUCAUUGUCGAGGAAUACUUGGAAGGGGAAGAAGCAUCCUUUUUCGCCCUUGUAGAUGGAGAGAAUGCCAUACCCCUAGAAUCUGCCCAGGAUCAUAAAAGAGUAGGGGACGGUGACACUGGACCCAAUACGGGCGGUAUGGGAGCUUACUCUCCAGCCCCUAUAGUGACAAGGGAACUUCAAAAUAUAGUUAUGGAAUCUAUAAUUCUACCUACGGUAAAAGGAAUGGCAGAAGAAGGUUGCAAGUUCGUCGGGGUUUUGUUUGCCGGUCUUAUGAUCGAGAAGAAAUCUGGCUUGCCGAAGUUGAUUGAGUACAAUGUACGCUUCGGGGAUCCCGAGUGUCAGGUGCUGAUGGUUAGGUUGGAAUCAGACCUUGCAAAAGUUCUUCUUGCAGCCUGUAGAGGAGAGCUAAGCGCGGUUUCACUGGACUGGUCCCCGGGAUCUGCAAUGGUGGUUGUAAUGGCAAGCAAGGGCUAUCCCGGGGCGUACGAGAAGGGAACUGUGAUUCAAAACCUUGACGAAGCAGAGCUUGUUGCUCCAUCUGUUAAGGUAUUUCAUGCUGGCACUUCCUUCGACUCCAAUGGCAACUUCAUUGCUGUUGGCGGACGUGUUCUUGGGGUUACUGCAAAGGGCAAAAACAUUGAAGAGGCACGGGACAGUGCGUACCGAGCAGUCGAGGAAAUCCGUUGGUCGGGCGGGUUCUACCGGAAGGAUAUAGGGUGGAGAGCUCUAGAAAAAAAAUUUGCUUUGAAGAAAUGAUGCAGUAAGUAGAAAAUUUUGGCAUUUGGUUAGAGAAUUGUAAUAUGUAUGAGUUUCAUGUCGUCGUGAAUAAAUUCACAGCCCCAACUAUCUAUUUCUCACUGCUUUCUCAAAUUGUGGGGAAAACUCAGUUUUAUACUUCAAAAAUGAUGAAUGUUUUUAAACUUAGAGCAUUUUCAGCCUUUUAAA